AUGAAUGUUGCCAAAAAGGCGAACGAGCUCCCUCCUGUGUCAGACCUUGGCAACAGUCGGGAGGAAGUCGAUGUUCUAGUAAAGGUCGAUGAAAGAGUCAACAUUCACCCUGUGGAGUCGGCACAGUCACCAACAAGCUUCGCCAGCAACAGCCCGAACGGCAAGACCACCGGCACAGUAGGCCUACGAGCAUGGCUUGCGGCCAGCAAGGCCGCCCUCGCAGCGUCGCAAGCCGACCAGCGCGAGACCCAGAGACGAAUUUCACGGCUGCAGGAGGCCACCAAUGACCUCAACAUCAUCGACUUUGCCAGCCACGCCGAGAGCAAAGCCGGUUGCAGUGAAAGCGGCGGUGGCGAUGGUGAUGAUCGUGCGGGACACCAAGCGCGAUCCCCCAAGGACAAGUCUUGUAGCGGCGAGGAAUCCACUGGAAGCGUGCGCCAUCUUCGUCAGCUACACUGUAUGCCAAUGGGCGUCAUCGGCGGCGUUGUAUCGUUUUUGGAGCCUCGUUCCAUCCUUAGCUAUGGCUUGGUCUGCAAGGUCGUGGACGAUGUACUUCGGCAGGAUGAAUGCUGGGGAGGUAUUUUUCGCGUGUUACAUCUGCAAUCGGAUGUCAUCGGCGUCCCUCACGGCAGCCUUGGUGGAGCAGAGCACCACCGGGCGUCGCAAAAUGAAGAAAUAAAGGCGCCGAUGCGGACAGCGGUGAUCGCACGAGGGCGCUCGCUGUCUUUGGCCCUGCGAUUGUUCGACGCGGUCGUGUUAGAUGGCGGUGUUUCUAAGGCGGUCAUCAAUGGACCGGUGCUUCUCAGCAUCAUCGCUCGCGAGCAUGGCAACGCCAUGUUGCAGGACCUGGCCUGUGCAGCCUUGGCAAACCUCUUCUGCGAGCCAGAGGGAUCAGGUUCAGCCGAGCAACCGCUUGCGCUUGACAUGCCUUGCGGCAGCGCAGCGGCCAAGAUGCUGGGAAGGAACAAAGGGCCUGCGGUUCAGGCGCUGACCGCUCUUUGCUCAAGCACCCGCCCUUCGCCCUCCUCUUGGUCCGCGCCAAAGGUGGGCGGGGGCGGGAUGCGGCCGGUGGAAAACCUCCCCGGCCGGCAGGCAUCGCGGGCUCUUAUCAACCUUCUGCUGCCAAAGUGCCAGGUCUUGCAGCAGGGGACUCUGCGUGGGGGUGGGUUUGGGGCCGAUUACGGUUGCUCGAACGACAGGAGACACUCGUUACCGUCAAUAGUCCCGCAAAAUGCGGCCUCCGCGGGACAAUCUUCCGGCCCGCAAACUGCGACCUCCGCGGGACAAUCUUCCGGCCCGCAAACUGCGACCUCCGCGGGACAGUCUUCCGGCACGGCUGCGGGGUUUUCCACAAAGUGUGGAAGUUGUUCCCGACGGACCAGUGCGCCGGCAGCGGCGCCGGUAGUGGCAUGGCAAGAAGAAACCAAGGAUGGAAUGGUAGCAGUGUCGGGUCGCAGCAUAGCUACCUCAACAAGAGGAGAAGAGACCCCGUCAUAUUUUAAGCAUGCACGAGCACCUGACGAGCGUCCGGUGGGUGUGGAUGCCGAGAGCGGAGGACCCGUGCACCUGCCCAUUAUCGGGGGCCUUGAGGAUCACGAUGCCGAACCCGUACUGUCUAAAAGCGUUUCCACGCAAGGUCCAGGAGCGAUGAGGACAGCAGGCACGCCGGUCAGGCAACAGGCGACAGCCUCUCCGACCACCGCCGAUGCGGCAGCACCAAGGCUAGAUGAGAAAGCUAAAGCUGGAGGACUAGCCUCCUCGACACCGAAAGCCCCACAAGAAACCCCAACAACGCCCCUUUCGAUACCCCCAGCAGCAGCACUCGAACUCGGGGCGGCGAGCGCCAGCAGGUUUCCAGAAACACAGAGGCGUUACGAAACCACCGAGGCCGUCCAAACCAAGACCGCCGACGACGGUUGCCGCGAUGCUCGAGGGUCCACGGGACCGGAACCACCUCCAGCUCCCGUUAGCCCGUGCAACACGUGUUUGGCGCUACCCCGUCGAGAGCAGCGGCCGGAGGAAGAAGUCUGGGAGGCUUUUUAUUUUUACCAACGAGGAGGAAUAAAGGACAACUUCAAUGUCAGGCUAAGGACUUUCAGGGCCCCUGGGGGAGGUUUUUCCGGUCAUGGUGUCGACAAACUCGGACAUUUUGUCAUGGAAGGCAGCCCACUCCUCGAUCGCGGGGCAGGCGAGACCUGGGCAAAAAUGCGGCGGAAAGGAACAUCAGGUUCCCUGGGGCCGGCGGCCGAGCCCGGGGGACGGCUACUCGACCGGGCGCCCUCAGCACCCUCUGUUAUGAAGCUAGGUGUCGCGUUGACUAUGGUUUGGGCCCUGUACGCUACGCUUCUGCUCGCGGUAAGCGGGCGCGAGCGCUCGGAACCCGUACGGCCAGCGUUGCAACCAACAAGUGAUCUGACAACAAUGCACGCUGCCGGCCAUGCGGAGGAUCCAAAGCCCCCAAAGCCUCACCCGCUUCGAAAUAGCUUCCGACAGCUGAACAUGAUGGGGUUCGAGGAGGGCAACGGGCAGGCGGGGGAGUGGAUAACGUGCAGAGAGUACAAGGAGGCCGAACUGGGUCCUGACAAAAAGCAAGACAAACCUGGUUUCGACAAGUUCCUGCAACCUGUCGCCCCAAGGCCCGAGGCUGGGUGGGAGCUUGAGAUGAGCGAGAGCCAGGACGCGGAGUGGCUGGGACUUCACAGCUUCGACGACAGGUAUGAGUACGGGUCCGAAGAGGCGGACAGGAGGGUGGAGAAGGCGGGCUACUGCCGGGUGCACAUGCCGUCCAUCCCCCGCACGGGCAGCACGUGGUUCAGGGCCCUGUUCGAGACGGCCACCUCGCAGCCCUCGUUCUCCAUGUGGCCGGAGGGUGGCACGUUAAAGGAGCGGUACAACGCCUUUUCUUCGGACGACCCCUGCGGAGCCAGCCUGGAUCACAUGGAAGGCAACCUGAGAUCGGAGGCGAAGUUCCCCUGCAGAGACCUCCGGCCGCCGAACGCGACGUCUCCCAUCCUGUACAAGAGCCACACUCCCUUCUUCCCGUCGUACAACAAGCCCAGCCUCAUGCCCGAGGAUACGUGCAUGCUCGUCCUGCUCGUAAGAAACCCGAUCGACAACCACGACGCCUGGCAGAGGUACAUGGCCGGAAAAGCGCAGUGUUUGAGGGAUUACUUGCCGGUGUGGCAGGGGCACCUGUCCCACUGGGUGGCCGCGGCCGGCGACAUCCCCAUCUACGUCUUCCGGUACGAGGACAUGCUGCUCAGGGCCGAGGAAGUUCUCAGGAGAAUACUCAACACGCUGCCGGGAGGGUGGAACUGGUCGGAAGAAUCGAUCGCCAGGGCGAUGAGUGGGUGA